AUGCACCUGAGUGCAGACGGGAUGUUUGUUUACUCAUGCCUGCACCUUUUCUCCCCUGCUGCACGCAUUCCUCCUUCCCUUCCUCCCUCUCCCAUUUUCCACACAUUUUCCUUCCUUUCCCUUCUCCUUUUAUCCUCCCCCAUCCUCCCCCCCUCAUCCUUCCCUCCUAAGCCAGGGCGCUCCCAGGAGCUCAUUUCCCCUCCUCUGCACUCUUCUCUCCCCCCCUCCAAAUCCAUCUCCCCCCUGCCUCAGAUGCUCUGGGUGGACCUGAUUCAGGACACGCUAGGAGCGCUCGCCCUGGCCACAGAGCCCGUGGGGCGCAGCCAGGAGCUCAUCUCCCCUGCACUGCUCCAUUCCACCCCCUCCUCCUACUCUCCAGAUGUUAUGCUCUGGGUGGACCUGAUUCAGGACACGCUAGGUGCAUUAGCCCUGGCCACAGAGCCCCCGUCCGACAAGCUGCUGGAGCAGCCGCCCGUGGGGCGCAGCCAGGAGCUGGUAUCCGCUGCCAUGUGGCGCAGCAUCAUUGGGCAGACGGUGUACCAGCUGUCGCUGCUGUGCGUGCUGUGGUUCAAAGGAAUUGAGCUGCUGCAGCUACCGGGGCCCCCAGGCGUGCCCAGGGUGAUCGCCAACGGGGGAAUGGAGAUAUCAGAAGGGGAGAAGCAGCUGGUUACCAUCGUCUUCUCCUCCUUCGUCUUCAUGCAGGUGGGCUGGGGGCAUCACAAAGUUGUCUAUGUGCUGGUGUGCUAA